GUUAUCCGGAGAGAAAAGAAGCCCCCAUCCAUCCCAUCUCCCCCUUCCUCACCAAUUCACAGGAGAGGCAAUCGGGAAACAACAGCCAAAAAUGGCCACCACACAAACCAGCAGCUUGGUAUCCAAGCUUCCCAUCCGCCUCCGCAACUUCUUCGCGCGCUAUCCUCCGCAAAUCUAUUCCGCAGCCGUAGCACCACGCCCCGAAGCCCCCGAAACUGGUGCCCCCGUCAACGUCAACGUCGAGGAUCUUCCCUCUCCUUACACGCCCAACCGUGAUGCCAAGGGCUUCAAGCGUCCCGAUCCCAAGGCAUUCUCUCCCUCCAAGGCCAUCCUGCACUCCGACUCCAAGCACCCCAACCCGUUCCUGCCGCGCAAGAACUUCCGCACCGGCAAGUGGUUCGGACCCCGGAUUGGACUGCGUCGACAGGCGGAGCUGGUGAAGUUGGCGAUCAAGUACAACGUUGAGGCCUUGUUGCCGCCUGGCCGCAAGUCGACGGAGUUCAAGGAGACGAGACGUGCGGAGCGUGGUUUGGCUAUCAAGGGUACUGGUAUCGGACAGAAGGUCAAGGGUCACAAGUGGGAGAGGACGAUGGAGGCUCGUCUGGAGGACAGACGCAAGGCUAUGAUGGAGAUGCCGGAGAUGAUCCGUUUGUGGAAGCAGAGAGGUCACGGUCGUGGCUGGAAGUCGUGGCCCAAGCGGUAAAUGCUUACGCUUCUGGAUGUAUUAUCUUCGUUUUUU